AUGUUUGCCGGUGUUGCUAUGCGCGCCAUCGUGAUGGAAGUCGUGAGUGCUUGUGAGAACAUAACUCGUCUGGUCUCUGAAAUCAAGCAACUGCUGAUUCUAGGCGACUUCUGUUGGCUAGAGAAAGCGACCAAGGCGGGCGCAGAAGAACGAGAGCGGAGACGGGCGGAGCUCGACGCGGUCGCUAUAAAACUCGCGGAUGAACUUGCUGCCGAUCUCUUCACCCUGGAUGAUAAGUUGGGCACUAUGGUGAAUCAUGCUGCACUGUCCUCCACCUCUAAUGCAGCCGAUGAUGACAUGACACCAUCCGAACCUAAACCUGAACCAUUUUAG